GCCCUUCCCUGCCGUAUUGUGGUUGUUGUUCAGCUCAAAUCGAUACAGGCAGAUAGCGAGAGAGCUAAGGGAACACGGACAGUUAGGACCCCGGAGCAAGGCCGAGCUUUGAUGCUCGAGCUGCGAAACUGACGCUCGGCCGUGCACCUUCUGGAAUCUUCCACCGUAGCCCGUGGGGUUACGAGGAAGGUUGGGGGAGGCGGCGGCGGCGGGGCGUGAUGGUGGUACGACUAAUGUCCUGAAAUGGUGAGGGAGGUGGAAGAUACCGGGAGAGUUGGUGGAUGCAGGCUGGUUAUGGCAAUGUAACUGAAUCUGAACUCCUUGACUGAAGAUGAUUUUCCUAAAAGAAGAACUUCACACAUAUAUGAACAGCAGCCUAAUCUGGGUUCAUAACCAAUAAGAUCAUGUACUUUAUUAAUGCAUAUUUCACUCUGGAAUAACUUCACUGCUGAAAAUAAUGGCGACCUUUCAUCUAUGGAAGUUAUCUUCACAAAAGCUAGGAUUUUUUUUGGUAACGUUUGGAUUCAUAUGGGGAAUGAUGUUACUGCACUUCACCAUCCAACAACGGACACAACAUGAAAGCAGUACAAUGCUUCGGGAGCAGAUUCUGGACCUAAGUAAACGAUACAUCAAAGCAUUAGCAGAAGAAAACCAAAAUGUCGCAGAUGGGCCCUAUGUUGGCACGAUGACGGCAUAUGAUUUGAAGAAGACAUUGGCUGUUCUCCUUGAUAACAUUUUACAACGUCUUGGAAAAUUGGAGUCAAAAGUAGACAACCUGAUGAUUUUAAAUGGGACAGGUAUAAAUUCUACUAAUGCUACAAGUACUGUGAGCCCCAACUCUGUCACUGUUGAGAAGGUUAAUGUGGCAGAUCUAAUCAAUGGAGCCCAGGAACAGUGUGAAUUGCCUCCUAUGGAUGGCUUCCCUCACUGUGAGAGUAAAUUGAAGUGGAUGAAGACUAUGUGGCGGUCAGAUCCUUGCUAUGCCAGCUAUGGUGUGGAUGGGUCCAUUUGCUCAUUUUUUAUUUACCUCAGCGAGGUUGAAAAUUGGUGUCCCCCUCUACCAUGGAGAGCAAAGAGUCCUCGGGAAGAAACUGACCAACAGAAUUUGGCUGAAAUUCGAACAGAUUUCAAUUACCUCUUUAAAAUGAUGUCUACACAUGAUGAAUUUCGAUGGAUGCGAUUAAGAAUAAAUCGAAUGGCAGGUGCUUGGAUAGAAGCUGUAAAAUCACUUGCGGAAAAACAAAAUUUAGAAAUCAAGCGUAAAAAGAUUCUAAUCCAUCUUGGCCUUUUAACAAAGGAAUCAGGAUUUAAGAUUGCAGAGAAUGCCUUCAGCGGUGGCCCUCUUGGUGAAUUAGUUCAGUGGAGUGAUUUGAUUACAACCCUUUACCUGCUCGGCCAUGACAUUAGGAUUUCAGCUUCACUGGCUGAACUAAAAGAAAUAAUGAAGAAAGUGAUGGGUAACAGGUCGGGUUGCCCUACUCGUGGUGAUAAGAUUGUAGAACUAAUCUAUAUUGAUAUUGUUGGUUUGACACAAUUUAAGAAAACACUUGGUCCAUCUUGGGUUCAUUAUCAGUGUAUGCUUAGAGUGCUGGAUUCAUUUGGUACAGAACCAGAAUUUAAUAGUGCUCAAUAUGCUCAGUCUAAGGGCCACAAAACCCCAUGGGGUAAAUGGAACCUGAACCCACAGCAGUUCUACACCAUGUUCCCUCACACACCUGACAACAGCUUCCUAGGAUUUGUGGUUGAACAACAUCUCAAUGCCAGUGAUAUUAGUCAUCUUGAUGAUAUCAAAAGACAAAAUCAGUCUCUUGUAUAUGGCAAAGUGGAUCAUUUUUGGAAGGAUAGGAGGUCUUACUUAGAUAUAAUCCAUAGCUACACAGAAGUUCAUGGCACUGUUCAUGGAACGAGCACAGUCCACAUUCCUAGCUAUGUGAAAAACCAUGGGAUACUGAGUGGACGUGAUCUACAACUUCUUCUAAGGGAAACAAAGUUGUUUGUUGGCCUUGGUUUUCCAUAUGAAGGACCAGCUCCUCUAGAAGCCAUUGCUAAUGGUUGUGCUUUCUUGAAUCCACGGUUUAAUCCCCCAAAAAGUAGCAAGAACACGGAGUUUUUCAAAGGCAAGCCAACACUUCGAGAGUUGACCUCACAGCAUCCAUAUGCAGAAGUGUUUAUUGGAAAACCUCAUGUCUGGACUGUUAACAUUGAUGACCCAGUAGAAGUGGAGCAUGCAGUGAAGGCUAUACUUAAUCAGAAGAUUGAGCCAUAUUUGCCUUAUGAAUUCAACUGUGAAGGAAUGUUGCAGAGAGUCAGUGCUUUUAUUGAAAAUCAGGAUUUCUGCCAUGGUCAGGUGAUGUGGCCUCCACUGAGUGUGCUCCAAGUUAAAGUUGCAGCUCCCAGGCAAUCUUGUAAGCAAAUCUGUCAAGAAAAUAAACUCAUAUGUGAACCUUCCUUCUUUCAACAUCUGAAUAAAGACAGUGAUUUGCAGAAGUAUGGAGUUGAAUGCUUGUCAUUUGAAUCUGUGAAUGAUAUUGUUGUUCCGGCUUAUGACGAAAACAAGAAACGUUGCUUUUUCCAGAGUGAUUUGCUGCUCUUCAGUUGUGCAGGUUCAAAUGGAAACCAUAAAAGGAUCUGUCCAUGCAGAGACUAUAUGAAAGGACAAGUUGCCCUAUGCCAAGAAUGUGUAUAGCAGUUCCUUAUCCAUAUACAAAAUAGAUUGUGCUGAAAGGCAGGGGAUAGUAAGUCUUCAUAAGGACCAAGCAUUUGGUUAACUGUUUCUGAAGGCAUCCCUAAAAAAUACUGAAGGAAAAUGUGUUUUUGAGUUAAAAUUAAAGUAUUUGUUUGAAGAAAAUAAACAUUAAUGAAUCCCUGCUGAACGUUUCAAUAAGAAAACUUUAACAAAUUAUUCAAUUUCCUUGUCCAACUUGUGUAUAGAAGAAAAUUGAUUUUGAGAAGGAUUGGCAUACAGCUGAGAGUUGCAGGUGAACUAGUAAAUAUUCUAAAUUCGGAAAAUCAUGUUGCAAAUGAAAUGAAGGUCAGUUAGACAACAAUAAAUAAUGAUUGAUAACUAAAUAUGCUGCAAGAGGCUGCUCAAUAAGCUUUGAUUUAAUUUUAAUUCCGGCAAAAAUCCAAAAAUUAUUUGUUUUCAAGGUCUUAUUUCCAGGUUAAUGAAGAUCCAAUUCAAUGUUACAUUGUAAUCAUGCAACUGGUCAAAGCAUCCUGGUAGCUGUUCUUUCAGGUGUGAUUUCCUUUUAAGUGUGACUAGUGGUGUCAGUUAUUUUGAGUAAAGAGUCAUAUGCUGAUGUUGGCAGUAAUAACUGCUUGAAAUACAUAAUACUAGUUUUAAAUCAUGGCUUGAGUUUUGAUUUAAAUGGUUGAACUAAAAGAGUAUCGAACUACUAUGAAAUAAAUAGAGUUCCCAGAAUGUAUUUGUAACACUAUAAUCUUUUUGGCUUUUAUUAGGACAUCUUUAGGUUGCUGGCAAUGUUAUGAAGUAACUGCCCUUUAGCCAGUGUCAAUUGAUUCUAAUUAGACUUAUUUCAGACCAUGAGUAAAUUAGUUUAAUGGGCAUUUUAAGUAGCAGCUUCCAGUUUGAAAAAUAAUUGCUGUUAUUUGUAUAGAAACAUCCUGAUGUAAACAUUUUUAAAAGCCUUGUUUGUAAAAUCGUGUUUACUAUACAGUGAAGUGGAAUUUCAUAUUUUUGCACUUUCUUUUCGGGCUCAGGAUUGUUUUACAUUUUAGGCAGAAUGUUCGUUUUUUUUUUAGCCACACAGCAAAUAAGCUACAAUAUAAUUUCAAUUAAAUAUUCAUGUAACUAAAUUGUUAAGAAAACCAGUAGAAUCAUUAAUUUCUCUGCAAAUUAUUUAAUUGAAGGAAAAUGUUUAUCAGAUGAUUAAAUCACAUUUAACAACAUCAAUGUUGCAGAAAUAAAUGAAAUUCUAAUUUCCAACAUAUCCCAAAAAUGUCUUCAGGAUUGUAUUAAAAUGACCAAUAUUGUUCACACAUUUCCAGAGCAAUCAGGGAUGGGUGAUAAAUGUUGGCCUUGCCUGGAUCCCACGAAUGAAUAAAAAUAAUGAGGUAUCAAAAUGAUAGAUGGUUAAUUACAAUGGUGCUGUUGAUGAAUGAUUUUACAACUCUUAGAACAGUUGAUACACAAUUUACAUAUGCUCAUUUCAUGCUCAUAUUGCAAUUGUAAUGUUGAUAACACAGAUUGUCGUAUCAUUGAUUUCCAUUAUGUGAAUGAGGUGUGUCAAUCAGCAAAGGAUUUUUUUUAAAUCAAUGUUUAAAAAAGUGUGGCAUUUGGAAAUGAAAGGUAGUGACAUACAGUUAAGCUACAGCAGCUAAACCUCAUUGACCGGACGUAUAUCCAAACAGGUUUGCACAUUUGUAAAUAAAAGAAACAUAAUUUACUUUUUUAGAUGCUUUGUAACUUGCUUUGCUUUUGUGAUGUGCUUGUAAAUAUUAAACAUUUCCUGUAGCUAAGAUGCAAUGUAAUGUAAAUUAUGUGCUUUUUUAAGGGUAAUAAAGUUGUUUUAUCAACUUGUAUAAUACUAUAUAUACUUCAUAACAGUCAAAAUUUCAACCAAAUGCAUAAAGUUAUGAAGUAAGGAAUGGAUUUCCUGUAUAUUUGCAAAAGUGGCAUAUAUCGAAGUGAGGUGUGCUUUGAAAGCUGCUAAGAAAUUGUUUCCACAGUUUUGAUGAGCAGGAAACAUCUUUUAUUUUUUAAUAAAUCUUUUAAGUGAAGAGAA